GAAGCAUAUGUAGUGAUGCCUUCGUCUCAGGGCUCUUACCACUAUUCUUCCUUCCCCUCUCUGAUUCUCUUCCUCUUCAAUGGCGGUGAAUCGUCGUACGUGCUGAGGUAAAUAUUUUCCUUCACGGAUAUAUUUAUGCAUAAAAAUUCAUAUACAGGCAGGUGUCUACGCCGGGCUGAAAACCCUAAUGUUGUGUUUAUGAGGAUGCUUCUCGAUUGAAUUGAAGUGAUGAUUGAAUUGUUCCUGCGAUUUUGAAGAUCGUCUGUAUUGGCUUUUCUAGUUGAAUCGGAUCAGUUUUUUUUUUGCGAUUUAACAUAAAUCAAUCCCCAACUUUUGUGGUGAAUUGGCGGGGCGGGCAAAACGAUUAAGGUAUUGGUCUUGAAUGCGUCAAUUUUCUUGAUCUGCGGCGUGAUUUGUAUUAGGAUUCGGGAGGGAUUUGUUGGAGAUGGUAGAUGCCGCAGGGAAAGUGGAGCGGCGAGGGAGGAAACGCAGAAAAGCUGAUGUACAGAGUGUGGAGGUGGAUCACAAUGGAAAGAAACGGAGGGUGAGCACAAGGUCUAAGGUGCUGGUAGGGAGAUAUGUUAGAAAGGAGUUUGAAGGCAGCGGGGUGUUUUUGGGGAAGAUCAUGAGUUAUGAUUCUGGAUUGUACAGGGUAAAUUAUGAAGAUGGGGAUUGUGAAGACUUGGAUAGCAAUGAAUUAAAGGGGGUUUUGGUAGAACAAGAUGCGUUGGAUGGUAAUUGGUUGGAGAGGAAGAGGAUGUUGGAUGAGUUGGUGUUCAGCAAAGAGAUCACCGCCAUUGGUUCGCAAGUUGAGAAUGCAAUUUUUCCAAAGAAUCUUACUUUUGAUAACAUGCCAGCAGUUGAUCACCAUGUUGAAAAAACAAUUCUUCCAAUGAGUGCCAAUAAUGAAAAUGUACCAUCCAUUGAUUGCCAUGUUGAGAAUGCACUUAAUGCAGUUGUUUCCAUGAAUGUAACUGAUGAUCGUGUGAUAUCCACUGAUUUCCAUGUUGAGAAUGCAAGUCCUCACAUGAAUGUGUCUGAUACUAAUGGUACAACCAUUGAUUCUCAGGUUGAGAGUGCAAGUCCUCACAUGAAUGUAACUGAUAUUAAAGUGACAGCCAUAGGUUACCAGGGUCAUAAUGGAAUUCUUCUCGUGAAUGAAACCAAGAAUAACGUGACAGCACCUGUAUCAAAUGUCAUCAUAGGAAGUCUUGGACCUUGUAAAGUUGAAGCUGUGCAAGGAGAUGAUAAUGCCGAAUCUAUGAAUGAAAUCGAUAAUUACAUGACAGCACCUGUACCAAAUGUCGUCGUAGGAAGUCUUGGGCCUUGUAAAGUUGAAGCUGGGCAAGUAGAUGAUAAUGCUGAAUCUAUGAGUGAUUAUUCCGAUGAUGAUGGUGUGAUGGAUUUGAUUUCAAAUGUCGUGGCACCUUCUAUCCCUCCUCCUGAUCUGCCUCUUUCUUCUGGGAACAUUGGUGUCCCAGAGGAGUAUGUUUCAUAUCUUCUCUCGGUAUACAGCUUUUUACGGUCAUUUAGUACCCGAUUAUUCUUGAGUCCCUUUGGACUGGAUGAUUUUGUGGGCUCACUAAACUGUCUUACUCCAAAUACACUGUUUGACUCUAUUCACCUUGCUUUGAUGAGGACAUUGAGGCAACACCUUGAUAAAUUGUCAUCAGAUGGCUCUGAGUUUGCAUCUAAAUGUUUAAGAAACCUGGAUUGGAGUUUGCUUGAUUCAAUGACUUGGCCAAUUUAUCUGGUCCAUUAUCUAUUGGUGAUGAGAUACUUAGAUGGGCCUGAUUUGAAGGGAUUUGGUUCCCAUGUAAUGGAAAGGGACUAUUAUACUCUUACCGUUGGCCAGAAGUUGAUGAUUUUGCAGAUUAUGUGUGAUAAUGCAUUAGAUGCUGAGGAAGUAAGAGCAGAAAUGGAUAUGCGUGAAGCAUCGGAGUUUGGAACAGAUUCAGAAGGGAUUGCUGCUGUCCCUUUAAAUGGGCCGAGAAGGGUUCAUCCUAGGUACUCUAAGACAUCUGCUUUUAAGCAGCAAGAGACGAUGGAGAUUAUUGCUAAAGGCCGUGAUAUUAGAUCUUCUCAUACAGCUAGUUCUUUGACCUUAAAAGUUAGUUCAGACGCUGUUAUUGAUGCAGAUCAAGAUGAAAAUGGUGAUGAAUGCCGUCUCUGUGGUAUGGAUGGAACUCUGCUUUGCUGUGAUGGAUGCCCAUCUUCUUACCAUGCAAGAUGCAUAGGAGUUUGCAAAAUGUAUAUGCGGGAUGAAAACUGGUAUUGCCCUGAAUGCAGAAUUAAUAAACUCAGACCAACAACAAUAAGGGGAACAUCUUUGAGAGGAGCGCAAUUGUUUGGUGUUGAUUUUUAUGGACUUAUCUUCAUGGGAUGCUGUGAUCAUUUACUUGUGUUACAGGAUCCAAUGAACUCAGGUUCUUGCUUCAGAUACUACAACAAAACUGAUAUUUCAAGAGUACUCCAUUCUCUCACCACAAAUGUCCAAUAUAAAGCUCUGUAUUCAGAAAUAUGCAAGGGAAUCGUUGAGUAUUGGGGAAUUCCAGCCAAUGCCUUGGAUCAUAGUGGAGUAGUCGGACUUGAUAUAGGAUUAACAUAUAGAGAAGAAAUCAGUGGCUGUUCGGUGCCAUCUCUUUCUACUUUAUUGGGAAAGGAAAGUAAUUUCAGUGAGAAUUUUGCUAGCUGUGCAGCUGAGAUGAGUUCAGAAACAAUGCAAUUUCGCAACGAUUCUAAGGAGUUGAUGCUGAAUGAGGGCUCAGAACGAGCAAACCAGCCUGAAUAUGAUGGUGUUGAUGUACGCCACAACAGCGCCAAUAUAAAUUGCAUGUCACUUUGUCCAGGACAACCUACCAUAUUCACUGGUUCAGGUAUCCAGCAGGCUGAUCUUUCUAGGCAGACUCAAGAAGACUACUCAGGCUUGAUAGAAACUGCUUCAUGUACUUCAAGAAACAGCUGCGAUGGCAUAGGGUACAAUAGUGAAUAUUGUGCUGGAGUAUUGGCUUCUGAUUGUGGAAAUUUUCAUGAAGGGUGUGGUGAAAAAAAUCUUAAAAUUUCUACUGAAGGGAGAUUAUACACUGGUUCGUCCUUCAAAGCCCAUGGAUAUUUAAAUUAUUAUCUACAUGGAGAUUUUGCUGCAUCUGCUGCUGCUAGUCUUGCUUUACUUUCUUCUGAGGAGAACCAAGGCUCUGAGUCUCAUUCUUUAGAAAAGCGCCGUAGACUUAUGUCUGCUGAUGUUCAGCUUCAAAUAAAAGCUUUCUCAUCAGUAGCAACACGUUUUUUCUGGCCAAAUACUGAAAAAAAACUUAUUGAAGUUCCUCGGGAGAGGUGUAGUUGGUGUCUUUCUUGUAAAGCUCCUGUGGCUAGUAAGAAAGCUUGCUUGCUAAAUGCAGCAGUAUCAAAUGCAACUAAAGGGGCCAUGAAGAUUCUUGCUACAAUUCGCCCUGCAAAGAUUGAAGAUGGAAACCUUCCUGGUGUUGCAGCGUACAUAAUAUUGAUGGAGGAGAGCUUAAGAGGUUUAACGGUUGGCCCAUUUCUAAAUGCAGAUUUUCGAAAACAUUGGCGUACACAAGCAGAAGAAGCUACCUCCUGCUAUACUAUAAAGUCUCUUUUGCUUGAACUCGAAGAGAACAUACGCACGGUCGCUCUUUGUGCUGAUUGGGUCAAGCUUGUUGAUGGUUGUUCAUCUGAACCUGCUGUCACCCAGAGUGCGACAAGUGUUCCUGGAUCAUCCCAUAAGCGUAAACCAGGGAAACGUGGUAGAAAGCCUUGUGUUGUGGCUGAUGCUAGUGUUGAUCAUGGUCAGGAUAAGUCGACAGACUUCACUUGGUGGAGUGGAGGCAUGCUCUCAAAGUUUAUGUUCCAAAGAGGGACAUUGCCUCAAUAUAUGGUGAAGAAAGCCGCACACGAAGGUGGUAGAAGAAAAAUUCCUGGCAUUUAUUACAGUGAAGGAAGUGAAACUCCAAAGAGAAACAGGCGGCUGGUAUGGCGAGCUGCAGUUGAGAUGUGCAAGACUGCAUCACAUCUGGCACUUCAGGUCAGGUACCUUGACAUGCAUGUGAGGUGGAGUGAUCUUGUUCGCCCUGAACCUACCCUCCUGGAAGGAAAAGUCGCGGAUACUGAAGCUUCUGCUUUUAGAAAUGCCUUAAUAUGCGAUAAAGGAAAGGUUGAGAAUGAGAUGAGAUACGGUGUUGCUUUUGGAAAUCAGAAACAUCUACCUUCACGUGUCAUGAAGAGUGUUCUUGAGAUAGGGAAACGGCAGGACGGAAAGGAAAUGUAUUGGUUCUCUGAGUCACGUGUUCCUCUAUAUCUAAUCAAAGAGUAUGAAAUUAAGUUACUUAAAAAUCUUCCUUCUAGUGCUGCUGAUAAACCCUUGAAUGCAUUUUCUAAGCGGUCAAGAAAAUGGUCAAGAACAGUUCGUGGAGAUGUAUUCACUUACCUCGCAUGUAAAAGAGAUGGUGAUGACAAACGUUCAUGUGCUGUUUGUCAAGUAGAUGUGUUCUUAAGGAAUGGCAUCAUUUGCAGUGUGUGCCAAGGUCUUUGUCAUGAGCAUUGUACAACCGGUUCAACAGCUAACCCACACUAUGACUCGUUAUGCAUUAUAAGAUCUUGCAAACAAUGUCAUCAAAACAGUUCUGUUGCACAAUUUGCAAUCAAUAAUGAAUCUCCAAACAGCCCUCUUCUCCUGCAAGGUCAAGAAUUUUCAAAUGCUGAUACAGCCCGCAAAAGUGGGAUGCUUAGCAGCUGUAAGCGACUUUCUUCAUCAAGCCGAGGCAAUGCACGUUCUUCCGAUGUGAAACCAAAUGGAAACUCACAUUCAAAAGCAAAGUUAAAGACUUUGGGUGUGAUAUGGAAGAAGUCGAGUGCAAUUGAGUCUGACAUUGAUUUUAUAAACAAACACAUUCUUAGAAAGGGCGCUCCCGUAAAUGGAUCCGGACCAUCUUGCCAGCUUUGCCAGAAACCAUAUAAUCCUGAUCUGAUGUACAUUCACUGUGAAAAAUGCCAACAUUGGUACCACGCUGACGCUGUUGAACUUGAUGAGUCAAAGAUUUGCGAUGUCAUGGGGUUCAAAUGCUGUAGAUGUCGCAGGAUCAGAAUACCGAUAUGUCCAUACUUGGAUCAAGAAAGCAAAAAACAGUUGAUGGAGAAGAGGACCCGUUCAAGACCUUCAAAGGUCGUAGAAGAUCCAGGAAUGGAUUCUGAUUCUGGGACAAUCGUCUCAUCAGAGCCUCGUACUCCCAUAGUUGUACCACUCCUACAGGAGGAGGAAACAGUAGACACCGAUUUUCUUUGCUCCCUCUCAUCGAUGGAGAAAACCACUAAACAAAACCCACAAGUUUAUUGCAAACAAGAAGUCACGGAACCUUUAUCUAUUGGACGAGGCACCAAAAAGUUGCCCAUCAGGAGGCACACAAAGCGCGAAGACAACUCCGAUUCUGUUGGGGAAGACAAUAAAACAGUUACUUCAUGUGGUGCUGAUAACAGUAAUGCUCCAGCAGAAGAGGGUGUGGUGUUACUUAACUGUGAUGGUCUCAGCUAUGAGGACAUGGAGUUUGAGCCCCAAACCUAUUUCUCUUUCAAUGAAUUAUUACUUGAAUUUGAUAUGGGGAAUGCCGUGCCUAAAACUGAAUCUCCCUCAUCUUUGGCGGUGGUGGCUGCAGAGGAACCUGCUGAAGCAGUUGUUCCAUGUAUGGUUUGCUCACAUGCGGACCCCGCCCCUACCCUCUGUUGCGAGACCUGUGGGAUGUGGAUCCACAGGCACUGUUCCCCAUGGUUCGAAGAACUGUCCGAUGGAAGUUUUUGGAAAUGUGGCACUUGUCGCGAGUGGAGGUAACAUAAUAUGGAGUAGAUUUUAUCUCAAGGUGGCUUUUUGUCAAUAUGGUAUUAUGCAGAUUGGUUCCACACAGGUACAUAAUACUCUUUCUCUAAUCUGCAAGGGUAGUGCCUGCGUGACUUUUUAGCUGGCGGCCCCACCGGGCACGACCUUGACGGGUUAAGAUGGAAAGACGUAACCGCCCUCACCAAUGUGUUACUGUGGCCAGGCUGAAGGAUUGGGGGGNUCACACCACAGUUGGGCAAUUUUUUCGGGCAGGCGGGCGGGGGUGGCUUGCCCGGUAUAUGUGGUGGCUGUAUGAAUCAGACAUAUAAUAACAUUGGGGAGGCUUUUUUUAAAUGAUUUAUUGGGCGGGCAGAGGAAUGUUUGGAUUGGACGGAAAGGAGUGAAUAUAUAGAGAGUUCCAUCAUUUAUAUCUUUUGUUAAUCCUACGUAAUAUUAAAUAUAUUUGGAUGGAAUUAGUGAAAGCAGCUCUUUAAAAUUAUGGAUUAAAUCAAAGUGCACAAAGUUU